CGGUGAGUUACCUUGGAGCUUUAGAUCAACAGUUCUGCGAGCGGAGAUCGAUCAAUUUUGCUCUCAAUUUGGCUGAUUCAUUGCUUACCAUCGUCACAACUGCUUCUUCGUCAAAGUAACUAGCCAUGUCAACUACGGCCGUAAUAUGUCUAUCCAUUGAUCUGCAACAUGCUCAAGAACUUCCCUCUAUCAAGGAAAAGGUUCUCUCUAAAUAUCCCACAGCUACGCCCCACGUUUGGGGACUGAGCCUGAGAUCGCUGCGUUCGACAGCGACUACGCCUGAUGGCAAGCCCUCGUCUGACACGCAGUACGUCGUUCGGGCGUCUCACUUCCACGAAGAGACGAUCCUGGCGAUCGACACCGGAAAAGACUUCUCUACAGUCUCGAUCCCUUCGGAAGAGGGGGAUCCGUUUGCCAAACUGCUUACGGAGAAGUUCAACACGCUUUGGGUGAUGAAAAUGCUGCUCGCCGUCGUAAACGGCACGUCCUACGAGAUAGACGGCGUCACCAUCCGUCUAGGCGAGCUACGUGUCCCCGGACAGGCCCAGACUGUUCGGGGUCUGCUGUGCUAUGCAGCGUCAUCUCUUCCUCAGGAAAAGAUUGCCAAGGCACUCGUGACCAACGUGGUCGAGAGUCUCGGGUUCGCAGAGGCGAAGAAAACGUACAGGACAUGGCCGAGCAAGGAAAAGGCUCAAGAGAUUCGACUGUGGUGCGAUGCCUUGAGCCAACGACCCUAGCCGCAGUGAUCGGCAGCAGAUUCAGAGAGGCAGCUUUUUGCGGCGCAGCCCUUCUCCUCCACGUCGAGCCGACACGGUGGGUUGAUAUCGAGCAAGAAUGAGCCAAAGUGGCGAUUUCGCGAUUAGGAGUUUGCACCGUUUUUUCUAGCUAAAAGGCGGGAGAUC